AUGUGGUCCGGAACAGUUGGCCUAGUGAACGGGCAGUACAAGUACCUGACUGCGGAGACCUUCGGCCACAAGAUCAACGCCAACGGCGUGGCGUUGAAGAAGAAGCAACUGUGGAGUGUGGAGCCCUUUCCCAUGAAGGCCAGCAGCAGCAGUCUCAACGGAAACGGCAAUGGAAACAGUCCCAGCAAUGGCUCUUCAAAUGGCUCUUCCAGCGGAGUGGCCAAUGGCCGUGGCUCCUUCAGUCCGCAGGGCAGCAUCGACGAGCUGGACGAGCUGGAGAACGUGGCCAUCAAGUCGCACCUGAACUGCUACCUGGCGGUGGACAGCUACGGCAAUGUCACCUGUGACAAUCCCCAGCUGACGGACAACUGUCGCUUCACCAUCACCAUCUGCUCGAUGACACAGGAGGGACAGGAGGAAGUUUUCAACAACAAUGGCAAUGGAGCUAAAGCGGACGGCGCCGCCGACGUUGCCGAGCAGGUGCAGGUGGACGCCACCAACGCCUGGGGCCCGCAGACGCUCUUUCAGUUCAAGUACUUCGACAAUGGCAACUACGCACUGGUCACCGCCUCCAGCGCCUCCGCCAAGGUGAAGUACCUCUCCUGUGAGGGCACCUGUGUGGACAUUGGCGAGGGGGCGGCAACGAACGGAAGUUCUGGAGGUGGAGGAGGUGGUGGUGGUGGACUGUCCGUCGCUGCGAGGAUUGGCGCCUUCAAUGGCGGAGGGGCGAAGAACGGCAAUGGCGUCAGCAAUGGAUCAACAACAGCUGUGGCGACAAAGAGCGGCGACUGGCCGCCGAAGCACUGUCUCUUCACCAUUGAGUACCACGGCGGGUACAUUGCAUUCCGCGACAAGAAUGGCCGCUACCUGGCGGCGGCCGGCCGCCAGGCGGUGCUGCGCACGCGCUCCAACGCCGUCGGCAAGGAUGAGCUGUUUGAGUUUGAGCCGGCGCCGCUGCAGGUCGCCUUCCGCGCUACCUUCAACAACAAGUGGGUUAGCAUUAAACAGGGCGUAGACUUGUCGGCCAAUCAAAAUGACGUCACCCAGCACGAGACCUUCCAGUUGGAGUACGAGGCAAAGGGCGACCGCUGGUGCAUCAGCACCUUCGAAGGCAAGUACUGGGCCUUCGGCGCCGCCUCCACGGUGCAGGUGUCCAACAGCGCAUCCGCCGGCAGCAGCGACCGAGCCUACUUCCGCCUGGUCUGGAACAUCGACGACGGCACCUGCUCGCUGAUGGCUCUGGAGCCGAGCAGCGGCGGGCAGCUGCGCAGUCUGGGCGCCCGAAAGUCGGGUCAGCUGUUCACCGGCGGGCCGGAGUCGAUUCGUUUCUACGUCAAGUUUCUUAACCGCACCAGCAUCAGCCUGCGCGGUGCCAACGCCAGCGGCUUUGUGGGAACAAAGGGCCAAGGCUCGGUGAAAUUGGAAUCGAACAAAACCAUUCCUGACUUGUUUACCGUGGAGUACGCCAACUCGGAGAACCUGUCCGGCACCGGCGGCACCGGCGGCAUCGGCAUCAACGGCGGCGGCGACGUGGACCUCGAGCUGAUCAACUCCACCUUCAACUGCGUCUUCUUCAAGCUGGUCUCCACGGGGAAGUACCUGCACGUGGUCGAUGGCGGUCAGACGCUGGCCGCCGAUGCGCCGAACGCCGCCUGUGCGCAGGCCUUUCAGCUGGAGCUGCGAACCGGCACCUACCUGGCGAUUCGCACCGCAGACGCCAACGGCUACCUGAACCUGACCGCCAAUGGGGCGCUCCUGGUCGCGCCCACCACGCCGGAGAAGGCGACGCUGUGGGAGUUUUAA